AUGGGUCUGCCUCGGGAUGUUGUGGAGUAUGGAUUUAUCAACACCUGCUUGAAGUCUCUUAUUAUAGAGAAAUUUGGUGAAGAAACAUGGGAAAAUAUCAGAUCUCGUACUGAACUUGAAGAUACUUUUAUGACAUAUACAGUGUAUGAGGAUGCUGUCACAAUCAAGUUGGUCCAAGAAGCCUGCAAAACUCUAAAGGUAUCAGAAGAUGAAGUGCUGAAACUUUUUGGGGAAUACUUCUUCAGUUUCUGUAAGAUAUCAGGGUAUGACAGAAUGCUACGGACACUAGGAGGAAACCUGACAGAGUUUAUUGAGAAUCUUGAUGCCCUUCACAGCUACCUUGCCUUGUCCUACCAGGAAAUGAAUGCACCAUCAUUUCGUGUGGAAAAGACAGAUGGGAUGAUGCUACUCCACUACUACUCUGACAGGAAAGGCCUAUGUCACAUUGUCCCAGGCAUUCUUGAAGCUGUGGCCAGAGAUUUCUUUGAGAGUGAAGUGACGCUGGAAAUUCUUAACCAAAACGUAGAAGAAGAGCGCACUGGGAAGAAGGAGCAUGUGGUAUUCUAUAUUUUGGAGAACGAUCAAGUGGCAAAAAACAAGAUUAAAGGGCAAGGCAACUCUGAAUGUGGCGAUUCUCAUGGGGAUAAAGAGACACUGGAUGUAGCUUUUCAGAAAGGGAGGGAAGAAUCUAUAUUGUGCCAUUGGGAAAAGGAAUCCUACUGGGACAUUGUGAGAAACAUUGUGAAAUCUGGGAGAGGGAAUAUCUUAUGUACCUCUGAGCCACUUUUCCCUGAGAGGCUUUGGAUUGAUGAGAGGACAUUCUGCUGUGCAUUUCCUUUCCACAUUGUAUUUGAUGAAACACUGAAGAUCAAGCAGAUGGGAGUAAACAUUCAGAAAUUUGUACCUGGGUUGCAGAUACUUGGGACCAGAUUAGAUGAGUAUUUUUCUGUUGUUCACCCACAAGUUACAUUCACUAUUUUCAGCAUAAGGAAGUUUAUCAACAGUCAGUUUGUCCUCAAAGCACGAAGAAAUAUGUUGCCUAAAUUGUGGAAGAAACAGCCCCUGUUGAAGCUAAGAGGGCAAAUGAUCUGGAUGGAUUCUAUCCGUUGCAUGAUGUACAUGUGCUCACCAAAGCUACGCAGUUUAGAGGAGUUGGAAGAACAACAGAUGCACCUUUCUGACAUUGCACAGCAUGACACGACAAGGGACCUCAUCCUCUUCAACCAGCAAAGGCUGGCAGAGAUAGAGCUAUCCAACCAGCUAGAAAGAAAGAAGGAAGAGCUCAGGAUUCUCUCCAAAAAUCUGGAGGCAGAAAAGAAGAAAUCAGAAGCUUUGCUUUAUGCCAUGCUGCCAAAACAUGUGGCCAAUGAACUUAAGGAAGGCAAAAAGGUCAAAGCAGGAGAUUUUAGUUCUUGCACAAUACUUUUCAGUGAUGUAGUGACUUUCACAAACAUUUGUUCGGUCUGUGAGCCGAUUCAGAUAGUAAACAUGCUUAAUUCAAUGUACUCCAAGUUUGAUCGACUAACCAACAUCCAUGGGGUUUACAAAGUGGAAACAAUAGGUGAUGCCUACAUGGUUGUUGGAGGGGUCCCAGUGCCUGUUGCCAGCCAUGCUGAAAGGGUGGCCAAUUUUGCCUUGGGUAUGAGAAUUGCUGCAAGAGAAGUUAUGAGCCCUAUUACUAAUAAGCCUAUACAGAUUAGAAUUGGGAUUCACACUGGGCCAGUUUUGGCUGGCGUAGUUGGGGAGAAAAUGCCCAGGUACUGUUUAUUUGGUGACACUGUUAAUACAGCUUCUAGGAUGGAAAGUCAUGGUCUCCCAAAUAAAAUCCAUGUUAGCCCAACAGCAUUCAGAGCAUUACAACACCGAGCGUUUGACAUAGUGGAAAGAGGAGAAAUAGAGGUCAAAGGCAAAGGGAAAAUGACAACAUAUUUUCUGAAGCAAAACCUCUGUGCCACCGAGAAUGAAAUAAUGGGUCGAGCCGAAGGAAUUUCUGAUGUGUCGGGAAAUCAAGACGGCAACAAUGUUGUUGAAAUGAAGUAUGGGGACUGUCAGGGGUGGCUUACCUCCAGGAACACAGAACACAGAGCUGUCAGAGGGACUGAAAGCCAUCAUCCCCACAGAGAACAUCAAUCAGAGUCAAAACAUCUUGGAACUCUGACCAUCUUGAAAAUUGAGAAACAGUACAGCUAG